GGACUUUCGGCCAAGCUGGUCGAUGUCUUUCACACCGAGCAGCACCGGCUUGGAAGACCUCCAAAGAUUGUGGAUCUUGGCUGUGGCCGUGGCUCGCUGGUGGGGGAGCUUCGAGCUUGGGGCCAUCUUGCCGUCGGAUUGGACGCAAACCCACUGUUGACGGCCACGCUGAACGAGUAUGGCAUGGUCGCCGACCUGACCGAAAGUAACUUGAGCUUCACUAUCCGGACAGCCCAUCCCCGCUGUAAUUUUCGCCCGCACGUUUACAGACAUGCCACGGGCUUCGAGUUUGAGGAUGCCGGGCAAUCUCUUGGCAACGUCGCGGACAUGGAUCCCAGAACAGAGUCCCAAGCCAAUCCUCUAGCCUGGGUAUACUGGAUCAACUAUGUCGCUGGACGCUGCUGUGGUCAACUCGCUUGCGUUGGCUUCGACACGAAGGGCCUGCUGAAGUGGAAGCUUCCAGCCAGAGAGACUUGGAAAGUCAGCGAGCAGGUCUGGCUCUACGAGAAGUACCCCUCGGUCCCAGAGCCCGAUCAGGCCCAAGUUCAGAACCCCUUUAAGCACGGCCCUGGAGCUCUGGUUCCGGUUGCGGAGGGAGAAGAGACCAUGGACUGGGUCAUCUCUCUGGAUGUGGGCGGACAGAUCCCGGCGGAGUCUCAGUCCAUUUUCCUGCAGAACUUGCGCAGACUGGCCGGCCAGGGAAUUAUUCUGAGCUGGGAUCCAGUGAGAAGGCCGCCUGUGGAAGAGAUCGAGGCCUUGGGGUUCAGGCGGGAUGAGGAGCUGGAGGAUCACUUGCGGCUUUUCGCAGGCAUUGGCCUCAGAGCUUAUCUCAGCCAAACCCUACUUGCCUUCCGGUCACGACGUGGCCCAUCAAAGCGAUGGCCGUCCGCGCGCUGCCACCUGCGGCCACGGAGUCCGAACCAUCUCUGUGCGCCGUUGCUCACCUUCGGGUGCCUGGAUGCCGAGCGCAUCUGGAUACGCGGGCAUUGUGCGGGUGUCUUCCAACGUUUCAGUUCGUCUGAGAUGACCGGUGCUUUCGAGGAAGCGGAGUGCUUGCUGACCACAACCAGUAUACAGGGAUAUGAGGAAUGCAAGCUCGCAGAGCCUCCGUCCACUGACCAGCCAGCUUUGGACCUGGAUGGUCCAGGACACGUGCCAGAGGAGAAAGCCGCCUUUGACUGUUUCAGCGGCUCAGUUCCAUACGAAGCCUUCUGGAACCUUCAAGGUCUGUUCAUGACGAGCAUGUUCGACAGUGCCGACCCGCUCGUUCGACACGACGAGGGUAUCUGGGACACAGAGAUGUGUGGGACUCUGGCGGUGGCUUUAAAAAUCUACAGGCUGGUUUGGGCACCCUGGGACCACUUCGUCUCCAGGCUCCAGCGAGUUUGGAGGAGCGAGGUUCGGUUCCUGCUGACAGCUUGGGAUUGGCAGAGGCCUCCGCACACGGGUUGGGGCUGCUUGAUGGCCUCCGUUCUUCGGGCUGCCGCUCGGCGCAGUGCGGCUCUUGCAGGGCCCAGGAAGAGGGGGCGUCCGCUGCAAAGCGCUGCACUUCGCCUUCGGAGCUCGUGUUGGUCCCGCUGGUCCGGGAAGAAAUGCGAGGAGGCAAUGCAACAGACCAGGAAGGUUAUGUUGCGCGUUUACGGGCGACUUCGCAGACAGCCUUUCCUGGAAGCGUUGCAGGAUGGCCGAAAGCUUUGGAGGGUGCUUGCCGCCAGACGUCACCCCGACGGCAGAAAGUGCAACGAGAUCAGGGCUCAACCGUUUCGUCGAUACCUUCAGAGGCUGGCCGCGCUGCCCUACUAG